CAGCAACUGACAGCUGACAGCUGAGAGGCGUCAGGACCCCGGAUCUCACCCACGCCCAUUCAGAGCAGCUAGCCCCGCGAUAUGAGCAGCGAUGACGCCUCCCUCAUGGCCGAGAUCAUCUACUACAGCCAGGAGAAGUAUUUCCACCAUGUUCAGCAGGCUGCGGCUGUGGGCCUGGAGACAUUCAGCAAUGACCCUGUGCUGCAGUUCUUCAAAGCUUUUGCUGUGCUCAAAAAAGAACACCUCCAAGAUGCCAUCAGCAGCCUGGAGAACCUCCGGAAUCACCCUGAGGUGGCCCUGUGCUCCAUCAUGGCCCUUAUGUAUGCGCACAAGCAAUGUGAGAGCAUAGACAGAGAAGCCAUUCAGGAGCUUGAGAUUAGUCUGAAGGAAACGCGCAAGACGGCCAACGGGUCCGCCCUGUACUACGGAGGUCUCUUCCUCUGGCUCAUUGGCCGCCAUGACAAGGCCAAGGAGUACAUUGACCGCGUGCUCAAGGGGUCCUCCGGCUACUCCAGAGAGGGUUAUGUGCUCAGAGGUUGGGUGGAUCUCACAUCUGGUGAACCUCACAUUGUGAAGAAAUCCAUCAAGUACCUGGAGCAGGGGAUCCAGGAUGGCAAAGAUAUCCUGGGGCUGAUGGGAAAGGCGACCUACUUCAUGCUGCAUCAGAACUACACGGGCGCCCUGGAGGUGGUGAACCAGAUCACCGUGGCUUCGGGGACCUUCCUGCCGGCCCUGAUCCUGAAGAUGAGGCUGUUCCUGGCACAGCAGGACUGGGAGCAGGCGGUGGAGACUGCCAACAGGAUCCUGGAAAAGGAUGACAGCAAUAUAGACGCCUGCCAAGUCCUCGCGCUGCACACACUGGCCAGAGAAGGCGACAUUACUGCCGCCGCCCGUCACAUCAAAACUCUGAUCAAGGCUUUAGAGACCAGAGAGCCUCAGAACCCGAGCCUCCAUCUGAAAAAGAUCCUGGCGGUGAGCCGACUGUGCGGGAGGCACCAGGCGGUCCUGCAGCAGGCGUGCAGCUUCCUGGAACUCACCUUUAUGACCACCCCGUCCUUCGCCCAGGUGGCCACAGAGCUGGGCUACCUCCACAUCCUGCACGGCCAGGUGAAGGAGGCACGGCUGUGGUACCAGGAGGCCAUGAAGCUGGAGGAGAGCAGCGUCACUGCCCUGACAGGGGUCAUCUGGUGCCAGAUCUUGGAGGGCCACCUGGAGGAGGCAGAGCACCAGCUGGAGUUCCUGAAGGAGGUGCAGCAAUCUCUGGGCAAGUCUGAGGUAGUGGUCUUCCUCCAGGCCCUCCUGCUCUCUAAACAGCACCAGGGUGCGCAGGAGGCCAGGAUGCUGCUGAAGGAGGCAGUGGAACUGCAUUUCUCCAAUAUGCAGAGCCUCCCCCUGGGCCCUGAGUACUUGGAAAAGCUGAACCCCCUCUUCCUGGUCUGCAUCGCCAAUGAAUAUUUGCUCUUCUGCCCCAAGCAGCCCCGCUCGCCAGGCCAGAUUGUGUCUCCACUGCUUAAACAAGUAGCCAUGAUCUUGAACCCUGUCGUCAAAGCAGCGCCUGCUCUGAUCGAGCCCCUCUACGUGAUGGCUCAGGUCAAGUAUCUCUCAGGAGAGUUUGAGAAUGCCCAGAGCGCCCUGCAGCGCUGCCUGGAGCUGGACCCUACCUCUGUGGAUUCUCACCUGCUCAUAGCCCAGGUUUACCUGGCUCAGGACAACUUGGCGAUGUGUUCGCAUUGUCUGGAGAUGGGCGUUAGCCACAACUUCCAGGUGCGGGACCAUCCACUCUACCAUUUCAUCAAGGCCAGGGUCCUCAGCAAGUCCGGGGACUAUCCAGAGGCCAUCAAAACGCUGAGAAUGAUCACGAAAUUGCCUACUGUAAAGGCGGGGGCUGGAAGGAGGCCCCGUGGGCCUUCUCUGGAUCCCAGCCAGCGCGUCUCCAUCUUGCUGGAACUGGUGGAUGCCCUCAGGUUGAAUGGGGAACUGCUUGAGGCCACCAGGGUCAUGCAGGAAGCCAUGGAGGAGUUGAGUGGCACCCCAGAGGAGAGCCGCAUUGCCAUCGCCAACGUGGACUUGGCCCUGAGCAAGGGCAAUGUGGACAUGGCACUGAGCAUGCUGAGGAACAUCACGCCCAAGCAGCCCUGCUACACAGAGGCCAAGGAGAAGAUGGCCAACAUCUACCUGAAGAACCGCAAAGAUGUCCGCCUCUACAUUGGAUGCUACCGGGAGCUCUGUGAACAUCUGCCUGGCCCCCACACCAGCCUGCUACUGGGUGAUGCUUUCAUGAAUAUUCUGGAGCCUGAGAAAGCCCUGGAGGUCUAUGAUGAAGCCUACAGAAAGAACCCACAUGACGCCUCCCUAGUCAGCAGAAUCGGGAAGGCUUGUGUGAAAGCCCAUGAAUACAACAAGGCCAUCAAUUACUACGAGGCCGCCCAGAAGAUGAGCGGGUCUGACUUUCUGUGCUGUGACCUGGCGGAACUGCUCCUGAAGCUGAAGAAGUUCAGCAAAGCAGAAAAAGUGUUGAAGCUGGCUCUGGAACGGGACGCAGACAAGGACAUCCCCUCCUUGGCGAAUGAUGUCAAGUGCUUGCUUUUGCUGGCCAAGGUGUACAGCACCCACAAAAAAGAGGACGUGAUAGACACUUUGAACAAGGCCAUGGAUAUCCAGUGUCGGAUCCUGAAGCGUGCUCCCCUGGAGCAACCAGAAAUGAUCCCGUCACAGAAGCAGCUGGCAGGCACUAUCUGUGUCCGGUGUGGAGAACACUACACGUCAGAGAAGGACUAUGCCAAGGCUGAGAGGAAGUACAAGGAUGCCCUGUCCUACGUGCCCACCGACAACAAGGUGGUGUUGGCCCUGGCUCAGCUCUACCUGCUGCAGGGGCACCUGGACAUGUGUGAGCAGCACUGCGCCAUCCUGCUGCAGACUGACAAGGGCCACGAGGCCGCUUCCGAGAUGAUGGCUGACCUGCUGUUUCGAAAGCAGAAGUAUGAAGCCGCCAUUGACCUCUACCACAAGGCUCUGCAGAAGGCUCCAGACAACUUCUCACUCUUGAACAAGAUGGUGGGUCUGCUGCGAAGAUGUGGCCAACUGGGGAACGCGCCCACCUUCUUCGAACUGGCCAAGAAGUCGUCCAGCCGAGUGCCUUUGGAACCAGGGUUCAACUACUGCAGAGGCAUCUACUGCUGGUAUCUAGGGCAGCCCAAUGAAGCCCUGAAGUUCCUAAACAAAGCACGCAAGGACAGCACUUGGGGACAGAGUGCCAUCUCUUACAUGAUCCAGAUCUGUCUGAACCCUGACAAUGAGAUCACGGGUGGGGAGUCUUUCCAGAAUCUUGCGGUUGAGAGCAACCCCCUGGACAAGAGGCAGGCAGAGGAGCAAGGCCUGGGCACUGCCGAGAAGCUGCUGCGUGAAUUCUACCGGCACGCGGCUGGGGCCCAGAGCCAGCUCCAGCUGCUUAGGGGCCUCUGGCUCCUGGCUACCAGGGACAAGGCUAACAUGGAGUCGGCGCUGAGCAGCUUCAUCGGGAUGGCACAGUCCGAGGCACACAGGGACAGCGUCCCUGUCCUGUUGGCCAUGUCCCAGGCGUACAUGCUGCUGAAGCAGGUCCCCAAGGCCCGCACUCAGCUGAAGCGUCUGUACAAGGCUCCGUGGACACCAGCCGAGGCCGACGACCUGGAGAAGAGCUGGCUCCUGCUGGCAGACAUCUACUGCCAGAGCGGCAAGUAUGACCUCUCCUCUGAGCUGCUGCGGCGCUGCGUCCAGUACAACAAGUCCUGCUGGAAGGCCUAUGAGUACAUGGGCCUGAUCAUGGAGAAGGAACAGUCCUACAAGGAUGCUGCCACCAAUUACGAGCUAGCUUGGAAUUACAGCUACUACGCCAACCCCGCCAUUGGCUUCAAACUUGCUUUCAACUACUUGAAGGACAAGCGGUUUGUGGAGGCCGUGGAAGUCUGCCACAGUGUCCUCAGGGAUUACCCCAACUAUCCCAAAAUCAGAGAAGAAAUUUUGCAAAAGGCUCAAAGCGCUUUGAGGCCCUAGUGCCAGAGAAGGCCAACUGGAGUGGAUGUUUUCAUGGAAAGACUGGGAUCUGUAGAGGAGAUAUUCAGAAUGACAUUUUGGGGGGCCAGAGAGAAGAGGGUACAGUAGGUAAGGUGCUUGCCUUGCACAUGGCCAACUCAGGUUUGUUCCUCAGCCGAACUCAUUAAUUAUUAUCUCCAUGUUCCCUACCGAGAGUGAUCCCUGAUCACAGAGCAAAGAAUAAGCCCCGAACAAUGCCAAUGUGGCCUUACAAGCAAAAUAAAAUAUUUU